CUUCAUUGCAAAUUAAAGUAAGCCACCUUGACAUUGAAACAGAGUCAGGAUUUCGUCAAACAGGUCUUGAUUAGGCCUAAACUUCUGUGUUAUUGUUAAUCCUACCAAUUAUUACAGGACAUUGUAAUUAUUAAUGACGGGAACUAAGGACACAUAUGUAGUAUAAAAAUGCAGUUCUUAUUCGAAUCCUGCAUGUUGCUGCUCGUUGUCAAUGGUAUUAACUGUGGGAGCAAAGAAUUUCAAAGAGCAGUCUUGGAUGAACACAAUAAACACAGAGGCACACAUAAUGCUCCUCCUCUAGCCCUGGAUGACAAACUUUCAAAAAACGCAACUUUAACAGCACAAAAGGCGGCAGAAAGUGGAAGCUUUGAAAGCAUUUCACCGGGACAGAGUGUUUUUGUUUCCUGUGCUACAUUCAAACGUGAAGUAACAGGGAAAGAAGUGACCGAUGCAUGGUAUGGUGAAGUUUGCAGUCCAUCUUUCGAUUUCAAAAGCCCAGACAAUGAAAAGGCGAGGGGCUUUACUCAACUAAUCUGGAAAGAUACAACGAGAUUAGGGGUCGGAAAAGCGUCAGGACACGGAAAAGACGGCGAAAUUUGUGUUUACAUUGUUGGCGUAUAUAGGCCUCCUGGAAAUCUAGUUGGGUUCUUCGAAGACAAUAUCGAUAUUGGAACAUUCGAAAAAGAAGAUUAUUGUAAAAAUGACGAUGAAGAUGAGGAAGGUGAUAGUCAGGAAGAGGAUGAGGAAGAGGACAGUGAUGAGAAAGAUAAAAAGGAUGUUAAAAAGAAAGGCAAGAAAGGAAGUAAAGUUUAGGUACUUUUGAGAGCUGAAGGAAAUAAAGACAAAUGGAAUGACAGAAAAUGAAAUGAAUACAGAUAAACACGCUGUCUUAGGUGCUUGAGUGAGUUUCUACCGGUUUAGGUGGAAGAGGGAGUCUCGCCUACGUCCAGUCUCUAUGAGCCGCUGUUGGUCUUUUUAAGCAAAUAUUGCUACUUUUCUUCAAAUCCUCAGAAUAAAUCUCUCUCUUCUCCUGCUAACAGUAAUGCCUUUUAGAAUAGAAUUUCGCAUGUGAAGACAACGGUUGAAAAUGCUCAGAAAGGUAUACAAAAUAUAUAUUUGCAAAGAAUAUAUUUGAAAUCUUUUUAUGAAAAUAAAUCACGUAUAUAUAGCCUGUUAUCAUUUACUUAACAUUAGAAUGCUUUCGUGGCAAUUGGGGAAGCCAGGUAUCGUAUGGCAAGUGCAUGUAAUGCCCUUUUAAUGUCACUAUUCUUUAGCUGUGAACUGCAUCUUUAUUAAAAGCAUUGAGUCAUGGUAAAUAGGCCUUCUCUAUAAGGGGUCAUUCAGUUCUAGUGCGCUUGCUGCAGUUUCAUGUGAUAUCGGCAUCCGUUGUUGACAACUUGCUAUUGAUGGAAACCGUUUUGUUAAUCAGUAAAUGUUGAGCUCAUGUGACAAGUUCCAGGUUCACCAAUAGCACCGCAGCAUUACAAUCAUGACUCAGCGAUUUCGGGUACGUUUGGGUAUACUGUCUCCUUUUAUCGUGACUAAAUGCCUUUAAUUAUUUGAUCUUGAAAUGCCUUUUUCAAGAGAAUGUAUGAAAUGUAGUUGAAUGCACGGAAAGGAUAGGUACCUGUUGUCAACUAGAGUGACUAAAUUUUUUUUGUUCAACCAUAAAUAAAGUUUUUAAAAUCAUUUACCUAGAAUUAGAGACUCUGCACUUUGCACGGUGAUAAUGAAAAUCACCACAUAAAAAUUAGCAAUAAAGAAAAAAUUAGCAAUAAAGAAAGAAUUAGCAGUAAAGAAAGAAUUUGCAAUGAAGAAGCAUUUUGAUUUAGCCUCUAAAUCAUAUUUGUUUACAAUUGCAUUUGAAAUAAAUUUAAACUCAGCUUAUAUUGAUACAGCGAUAGUUUGCUUUGGCAAUCGAUCAAACGUAUCUAAAAACCUUUUUAAUCAUAAUUAAAGCGAUAUACACUAAAUUACAGUCUCCUUGACGCAUGCCUUUUAAGUUUAAUUCAAAAAUUGCUUCCUUUAUUAUUAUGCGUAUUGAAGCUAGCAUUCCUGAACGAGAUCAAUUAAUUGUCAUACUUAGAAUAUUCAUGUAUGCUGUCCAAUCAAUAAACAAUCUUUCCACAGUUUGAUAUUUUUUUGUUUACUUACCUCCAGGAUUGGCAACAUUUCUAAAACUUUAGAAAAAUUAAAAUUCUACUCAAACUCAUCUGUACAGAUAACUACAAUAGAUAAAUUUGUAACACAAAAGCAAAGGACAAUUUGAGAUCGUUUCUUUUGAUCGCAAAAAAUCAAUGCACAUUUUUACAUUGCAAGUACUCUGAGAGAUUAUAAAUUAUUCUGGAAAAUCUGACGAGGAAAAGGGAAAACUUAGAGUUCUACAGGUAUCUUCAUCGGAUAACUUGGUCAGAUUGUGGAUCUAAAUAAACCAAAAUGCCAGCCUCUCAGGAAAACGAAUUUGAUAACAAAAAUUUACACAAAAAAACGAUAAAUCUGUUAUUUACCCUAGAAUAUAAAUAUAUACUUAACAGUUUAUAAUCUUUUUCAAAUUACUAUAACUGGCAAUUAGUUUGGAAAAUAUAACUUUUGCUGAACUCAGGUGGACACAGUUGGAAAUACGAAAUUGACAUGUAUUUAGAGCCUUCUGCAUAAUACCAAAUUUACCACAGGAUUUUUACACACUUGCUGCCAUGAAAUAUUAACGGCAAGAAAAUGAUACAUGCAUAGAAUCUUAGUGUUUAACAAGAUUAGGUCUCUUUGCAUACUUUCAAAUGUAUCUUUCGGGAUCUUUUAAGAAUUGCUUCUUAUUAAAUCAAAAUCGAAAAAUUCUGCAAAGCUUUACUGUCUUUCAGUAAUAGGACUAAACUUUCCUCUGUUAUUACCACUCUGAGCUUUACAGAAAAAAACGUUUCAGUUCCCGCGCCAAAAGCAAUCAAUUAAGUGAUCACUUGGCUGGUAAUCAAAAAUGCGUUUAUUCCGUACCAUUGAAAAGUGAAACUCUAUUUUAAACGGAUGUAGGUUGCUAAUCAAAUUAAGAAAUAGGUCAUCCAGCUUUGGCAGGAACCCAGGAUCUGCAGCGGAUCUGCAGCAAUUUCAAUUUUUUGAUUCACUGCUGCUUCUCGUAUCCCUCAGCCAUUAACACUAAGCAUGACAGUCCCAUUUUGACAAGUGACGCUAUAUGCUUUUCGCUAUCUAAUUUUUGUACAACAGACUUUGAACGGGUAAAAGUAAUCUCCUUAUAUCGUCAGCUAUACACUUCAUUGCCCUAGCGUACACAUCGUACAUAAAAGUUAUCGGUGACGUCAACCACAACGGUGAGCUUUGCCUUACACAAUCACAAAUGACAAUAUGUCAUUUCCCAAUCGCGUCACCGUAUUCACGGAUUCAUGC